AUGGCUCUUCUUCCCGGUGAUCGUGGAUACGAGGAGCCUUCUCGCGGUUUCGGGCAGCCAAGCGGUGGCUUUGAAGACCCUAGCCACAGCUAUCACGUGCCGAGCGGCCGCAAUGUGCAGGAUCAGGAGAAUUCUAUUGUUGGCCAGUUGCAGUAUUACGGGGAUUUGGUGGGGGGGAUGGCGAGGGGGGACGAGAAGGGAAUGGAGAGAGGCGGGAGGGCAAUGGAAGAGGAGGGUUUUGCAGUGAUGGGUGCUGGGUUGGGCGAGACGGAAGCAGACCGGCCUGCACACAUGGGGAAUCAUCUGGAUGCGCUCAUGGAAGAUGCAGAAGCGGAGGAGGCAUUGGGUUUGCACCAGCAGCCUCUGCAAUGUAUGGCACCGCCUUUGCCGACAACGGGAAUGGCACUUGAGCGGUGCGCUAGCCUGUCGACAACGGAGAAAUGCCUUGAGAUGCUGGAUGCUGAUAGUGCUCGUGGGCACGAAGGUGCAGCAAGGGAUUGA